UUCUCAACAUCUUCGAUAGCUUGUGAGCUCUUUUGUUUUUUCUUUAUCCCUUUCACAACAUUAGCUUCCCUUCCACCAGGGUGGAACUUCUUGUUGAUGCAGCAAAGAGACUAGUUUGUGUAACAUUCUCAUUUGAUUUUGCCAAAUGAAUGCACCUAACAGGAUACCGUAUAGUAUAAACUAAGUUUCACAAGAUUUGGUGUUGGGUGUCUGAUAGAAAGUGGUUGAAUAAACAAGCAAUGCUGUGAGUAGUCUGUCCACAUCUCCAUUAAUACCACAAAAUACAACCGUUGUACGGUAACAGUGUACAAAAAAUGAGGCAAAUGUUGGUGAAAUCUUUUGCACAAAUCCGAAUCAUAUGAAAAGUUAAAAACCUAGCUUUGACUAUUUGCAAUUUUGGGAAUAGAGGGUUUUUAUGCUCUCUGUAACCAGCCUUAAGGAUUAUCCUAAUUAACCUGUUUUGCAGUUAUUAUUAGUGAUUGUGAUUGUAAUUGAGGCUGAAUUGCACUUCACAAAUGUGUGCUGCAUGCAUUUUGAGCCAAGGUCUUGUUUUGCACCAUUAAAAAAUGGACAAAAAUAUGCCCAACAUCCUCCUCGGCAACUCACUAACAGUUAAGUGACCCACUGACUUAUUCUUAGUUCACUUGAUAAUCCAGUAAUGAAGGGGCGUCGGUGUUGUCGGGGUGAUUUGCAUCACAAACAAGCUGUAUAUAUGUAUCAAUAUAAACAUAUUUGUAUCAAAAGAGUAUCAAUGUAUGUACAGUAUGUCACUAAACACAGGUUAUGACAACGUUCCCCUCAAAAUCCUCAAUCCUUUUUCUAUUUUCUUGUAUAGCAGAUUUCUUCCCAGAGGGUUCAUCAAACGUCUUUGUAGAUCUUUGGAAACAGUACAUUUAUCAUCCAGUACCAGGUGUACUUUGGGACCCAGGAAGCUGUUGCCAUAGUUAUGGUUCCCAAGGAAACACAGGAGGAAGCUGUAACAGGGGUCCUGCUCCACCUGCAGUUAAUCCUUAGGGGAGGAUACAAUAGCUGUUGAUCUGUUUGGCCAAUUGUUCUCUCAGGAUUCUAAGAAUACUGCUACAAAUCAGUUUCAUUGAGCUAGUAAGCUCUAACUUCAGCAAAGGGAAGUGUGAAAUGUAUUUGAUAAAGGGUGACUGUGCACUUCCCUGAUGCAUGCGUGCUGAUUAAACGCUUGGAAAAGCCUGCAAGUCUUUCUGCUAUACUUGCAAGCUAAUUUUGACGACAUUGGCUGUCUCUUCUCUUCUUUAAUCUCAAUCACUGCACGGCAACAGCCUGUUGGAGUCUCUGCAUGCAUGCAUGUGUGCUUUUGGAUGUGUGUUCAUGUGAGAGAAAGUGAGUGUGAAUGUGUGGGAGAGCUGGGUUCUGCAGUAUCUGGUAAAAGCCUAAGGAGAACAACAUAAGCAAGGACUAAAACAGCCUAUCGAAUGAUGUUUGCAUAUGUCUCGACAUUAGUAAACCUGUUUGGUGCUAUGUGGAUAUAAGUAGGUGAACAUCCUUAUACUAGCUUUUGCUCCUUGCUCCUAGAUGAUGAUGUAUCCUGCAAUUUGUGUGAUUUCAGUGACACCAUUUUCCUUUACCUCAUCAAACACCAACAAGAAUGAAUACACAUAUUUGUAUAUGGAAGUGCACAUGUGAGAGUACAUUUAGAAUAGAUUUUGUCAUAUUGGUUGUUGGAGUACAGACUAGUAAUGGUGUCUGACAGUGACAAAGGCAGAGAGGUGUCAAAUUGCAGCUUCAAAAGACUGUAUAAGACAAUUUAGCAGAGACAGGGAGAGACAGAGUGAGAGAGAGAGCGAGAGGGUGGGUGGAGAUGAGUUAGGAAAAGCGAGGAAGAGAGACGGAAUAAUGUACUGAGAGAUGGGAAGAGAGUGACUUGGAGUGAGAUGAGAUAUGUAGGAGGGACGGGUUGAAGCAAAAGAGUUGCAGCAUGAUUCUUCAAACCAUCCUCCCACUUCAGAUGCUCUCCCUCUUGCCUUCUUCCGUCCACCUGCUUCCUUUCAUCUGCCCAGCCACUCAUCUGCCCCAUACUCCAGCCAAUCGUUUUUAAUGGGAGCGCACAAAAAGGCAGAGGGAAGAUUGACUGGCCAUCUUCUUGGAACAUCACUCAGAGAGGAGAGUAGGAAGUGGGGAAGGAGGUGGGUUUGGAAGAGGACAGAGAAAAAGAGUGAGUUCCUUUAAAUCAAUUAUCGUAUGCUGUCCAGCCCACACUCCAUAUCACGCUGUCCACUCUUUGUUGGUGGUCGGGUUCAAGACAGAAGAUUUCUAGAAAUGGAGAUGUUGGCGCAUUCUCCGGGCUAGAACAGAAGUUGGGAGGAUGGACGAAUUGAUGGACGAAAGCAGAUGAUCAAAUGGACUGGACGCACAAAGAAAGCCUGACGUUCCAACUGUAAAAGGACGCUUUUACUUUCUACCUCAUGCUAAUCUCUUUAUCUGCCAGCUGCUCUCGUGAUAUUUGUGUAGCUAAAAAAGGCACAAGAGAUGGGAAGCGAUAAAAGGAAAUUGAAUUUACAAUGCCAUGUUAAUUCUUUGCAGAAUGUGGUGAAGGUAGCAUGAAAAGGUUGUACUAUCACUUUGAUGGCAAAAUCCAUACUCUGAAAAAAACUAAUCAACAAAUGAAACGGGAUGAAGCAACGGAAAAGUGGCACAACAUGAACUCUUGAUUGCCUUUCAGAGGAAAAAAAGCAAAAACAGACAGCAGAGAAGAUGAACUAUAUUUUUGGCAACAAUACUCUUUACCCCCGUAGUGGGAGGGUAGGUGGAACCUCCGGAGGUCAGGCUGCAGGGAUAGGAGUCAAGCAAAAGUUGGGACCCAAGCGUGGCUCUUCGGAGGAGCUGGCACCUCCACACAGCUCCUCCACCUCCUCUCCUGCCUCCUCAUCUCCUUCUACCUCCUCCUCUCGCUGGCAGCAGCUCCUUAUGUUCUUCUCCAAGAGGAGUGCCUUCACUGACUGUAUUACUUCAAACCAGGCCAAUCCCCCUCCCGUGGUGGUCAACACAGACAGUGUCGACACCCCCCCAUACGUAAAUGGAACAGAAGCAGACUAUGAAUAUGAAGAAAUCACAAUGGAGCGGGGUAACUCGGGUUUGGGCUUCAGUAUUGCAGGAGGGACUGAUAAUCCCCAUAUUGGAGAAGACCCGUCCAUCUUCAUUACCAAGAUUAUACCUGGAGGGGUCGCGGCCCAGAAUGGACGACUCAAGGUGAAUGACUGUAUAGUCCAGGUAAAUGAGACAGAUGUCAGAGAAGUGACCCACAGUGGGGCCGUGGAGGCAUUGAAGGAGGCUGGAGGUCUGGUCAGACUGUGUAUACGACGCAAGAGGAGUCUCACGGAUAGAAUCAUGGAUAUAAAGCUAGUGAAAGGUCCCAAAGGGCUGGGAUUUAGUAUAGCUGGUGGAGUCGGAAAUCAACACGUUCCAGGGGACAACAGCAUCUAUGUGACAAAGAUCAUUGAGGGAGGGGCCGCGCAAAAAGAUGGACGGCUACGGAUAGGCGACAAACUUGUAGCUGUAAACGGCUCUUGCCUGGAAGAAGUAUCUCACGAGGAAGCAGUGGCUGCUCUGAAGUCGACCCCCGAUGUUGUUUAUCUCCGUGUGGCCAAACACAGCUCUGUAUUCAUCAACGAAAACUUCCCUCCUCCUGAUGUCACCAAUUCCUACCCCCCACAUCAGGACAACCACGUAAGUCCCUACAUGAGCGGAAGCCAGUCUGUGAGCCCUGCCCCAUUGACCACUCCUAGAUACUCCCCGAUGCCCAGGUCCCUGACUGUAGAUGAUGAGGUCACAAGGGAACCCAGGCGUGUGAUGCUCCAGAGAGGAUCUACAGGUCUCGGUUUCAACAUUGUUGGGGGGGAAGAUGGAGAGGGAAUCUUCAUCUCCUUCAUUCUAGCUGGUGGUCCAGCUGAUCUGUGUGGGGAACUCCACAAGGGAGACCGGAUCCUCUCAGUGAAUGGUGUAGACCUGUCAAGUGCAACACAUGAGCAGGCAGCUGCAGCGCUAAAGAACGCAGGACAAACCGUCACCAUUGUUGCACAGUAUAGACCAGAAGAGUACAGUCGUUUUGAGGCAAAGAUCCAUGACCUGAGGGAACAGAUGAUGACUAGCAGUGUCAGUUCCAGCUCCACAUCGCUUCGAUCCACACAGAAACGCACACUUUACGUCAGAGCGCUGUUUGACUAUGAUGGAAGUGGAUCAGACCUGAGCAUGCCCAAUCAGGCCCUGCCUUUCCGUUUUGGGGAUAUCCUUCAUUUGAGCAGUGCUGGUGAAGAGGAAUGGUGGCCCGCCCGUCAUCUCAGCCCCCCACCCCCAAACUGCCCUGAAGUUGGAGUCAUCCCCAGCCGCAGAAGGGCAGAGAAGAAGGAGAAGUCAAGGUUGAAGACGGUCCGUGUGAUGAGGCCUCAGGAUAGAUCAGAUCAGGAUGAAAAGGAGCUGGUACCCUCUGGCACCAGCGAUAGUGAGAGUAGUUCCUCUGGCCAAGAGGAGACCUUCCUAACCUACCAACCAGUUAUGCAACAGGAAGUGAAUUACACGCGCCCUCUUAUCAUUCUUGGGCCAAUGAAAGAUAGAGUGAAUGAUGACCUCAUCUCUGAGUUUCCUGACAAAUUUGGCUCCUGCGUCCCACACACAACUCGUCCACGUCGAGACUACGAAGUGGAUGGCAGAGAUUAUCACUUCAUGUCCUCCAGAGAGCUCAUGGAGCGCGAGAUCCAGGAGCACAAGUUUAUUGAGGCGGGACAGUAUAACAACCACCUGUAUGGAACCAGCAUACAGUCUGUUAGAGAAGUUGCUGACAAGAGUAAACACUGUAUCCUGGAUGUAUCGGGGAAUGCUAUAAAACGUCUGCAGUUGGCAGGCCUGUAUCCUAUUGCCAUCUUAAUUCGGCCAUGCAGUGUUGACAACAUCCUGGAGAUGAACAAGCGUUUUACUGAGGAGCAGGCAAGGAAGUCCUUUGACAGAGCAGUCAAACUAGAGCAGGAUUUCACAGAAUAUUUCACUGCGUUUGUCCACGGCUCAUCUCUCGAGGAAGUGUAUUCGCAAGUCAAGCAGAUCAUUGAGGAGCAGUCUGGGCCUUACAUCUGGGUGCCCACUAAGGAGCGGCUCUGAGAAAACACAGCUCAUACUACAAGUUUGUAAACGCCAACUUUGGCAACACUAUCAGCCUGUUUCUCCGUUUCCUCGCACAUACCUCCAGGCUCACACACACGUAUUUACACAAGCACAUAACACAGGAGGCUGAGACUAUCUGGAACUCCCACUUCCUCAGGAGGGAGGAGCUCGUGUCUUUCCAGCAGCCCAUCGGUGGAUCUUCCGACGGCUCAGUUCCUUAAUGUUUAAGGACGUAGUUCAAAUCAAGGCGACAUGUACCAUUAUCUGAGUUAUUGAUUUCUUUCUUGUUCUAACUAUUGUUGUUGUCGUUGUUGUUUUCAUAUUUACAAAGGGUAAUGCAUUCACAUAUGGGUUUGUAAUGAUAAUAUUGUCACCAAGAGGCAGACUUUUGCACGCUGUAGCUUUAAGAGCAUGUUUUUGGGGGACAAAAUAUUGAUCUCCUUCCCUUUGUGUCUGUCUUUCUCCAUGGCAUCGCUCCACUUUAUACUGAAAUAUCUCUGUGACUCUUGCUCUGUCUUAACUACCUUUCUCUCAUAUCCUACCACUUCCCUGCCAGACUGCCUCAAAAGUUUUAAUUAAAUAUGAGCUGAAAUUUUAAAUAUGCCCUGGCGUCGUGGCAUGACGGGCCUCGAUAGAAAACAUAUAGCACUGUACAAAACUGCUUCGAAAUGUAGCAUAAAUAUGAAUAUACAUAAUGUAUCAACUAAAGCUAAAAUACAAACAUUCAAUUAGGUUGCAUUAAAGUAAUCAAUGGAGUGUGUACAAUAUUUUGUCCAGAUUCAGUCCAGAUUGUGCAUUGGGCCUGUUUUUGUUGAACAUUUAAUCGUGACUCAAGCCCUCCUAAAGCCAAGGUGAUUUGAGGAGCUCAUUGAGAAACUUGGACAUUGAAGAGAAUCAAAACCACAAUAUGAUAUACAAAGUCUUUACAUUACCCAUCACGAGGCCAAAAGGCUGGAGUGCAGUGAUUUGUUUUUUCCUUUAGGUUUAUCAGACCUUUUCACUUUAACAGUUUGGUAAGUGCGAGUCCUGCCUUCCCAGUUUACGUAACUUGGUUGAGUCUCAAUCCACAAGGAUUCAUCUGCCUUUUCUGCUCUUCUUAUGUGGCUAUAUUUAUAUGGACAUCCUUAUUCCACUAUUAACCUUAUGCAGUGACAAUACACUGUUACAAGUAAGGUCAUAAUCAUGGUAAGAAUAGUCCGAAUAGUCCAAUCAAAAGACUCAGGAUGAUGCGCUAUAUUCUUCUACAGUACCUGGGAUUAUUCUAUAUAGCUGUAAUGUGAAUAAUAUACCAUUCUAGGACUCACAGAGCACUGAAUCCAUCACAACUGCAGUUUAGUUGUCAAAGAAGAUGUUUCACUUCUCAUCCGAGCAGGUUUCAUCCGUUUAUGCUGAAAGACGGGAUAGGGCAGCUGUAGUCUGAGGGGAUGGUGCAGGAUCCAAAGAUGUAUUCUUUAAGGUAGAAGCAGGCCUUACAUCCCAACGUGCGUGCUCCUACAUGCAAAAAAGAGACACGCACGUGGCCAGCAGGGAUUUUCAAACCCGCAGACAGCACGCAAAGCCCGUAGGACGAAAAUUGGGCUGCAGAUUAUUUUCUCGGUGCAUGCAGGAAAAGCUUGCACGCAGCCAGGUCCCAAGGGCAAGGCGGAGGAGGAGUGUGUGACCCUUGCAUGUGUCACAAUGUCACAAGUACAUUGUGUGCAUUGCCCGGCCACGGCAGCGGCUCCUCUCGUGGCGGGCAACUCCUCCACCUGUACGCUCUGGUUCUCCCGGUCACGAUAGGCGUAGGUGCCGUAGGAAGCCAGUACGCCCAUCUUGCAAUCAAAGUGAGUGGGCUGCACGAGCCUCGCUCGAUGCCCGCACACGUACGUCUCCAGCGAGUGAAACAUACCACAGCCUUACAUGAAGCUCACCUAGCACGCAUGAGUCGCACUCACAAUCUUAAAGCUACCAACGGAGGGCGAGCGGCAAGCACGUGGGUGUCAUGAAUCACUUGUUCCAUAAGUACGACACACUUUCAACCCCUUUGAUACUCUACUUGCUCGACAUGCUGGCCACGGCCAAUAAAUUUCCCAAAAAUGUGUGGUAACACGUACGUCGGGAUGUAAGGCCGGCUUGAGAAGACAAUGACCUGGAUGAAUGACAAUAUUCACAAUAAUGUACUUUAACUUGUUAAGUGAACUGCAAUUGGAAUAUUCUAUUACCAAUCCCUGAAGCUUGAUAAUAGGAGUAUCUUACUGUCCAUGUAAACAUAACCAGUGUCUCAACUCCAUCUUCUCCACUGUUUGUGUGGCAUAGCUUUAUAAACCACCCUGACUAUUAGAAGUGUCACUGUUGUAGCUUUUCUUCUUACUGCUGUUGCACUAAUAGGGGCUUGCUCCUUCAAAGCAUCUUUUAACAGUAUUUGAGGUGUCAUUUUGAAUAUGUGAUUCAGUUGUGUCAUCCUGUUAUAUGGCUUAUUAGCUAUAUUUCAAGGUUAAAGUGGAGCUGUUUAAGUCUUACCAUAUAGAUGACGUGCAUUGCUGGUCCAGCAUGCGCAAAUUGCACCUGAGACUCGCCGCAUAAAUGACCUUUGCCCUUAUGCACAAAGCUAUGGUUUGGUGGUAUAGCCUUCUCUCCACAAAACUUUUCAGUGGAAAGUUGUAUGACUCCGCUGCAUACUGGAAGCCCAGAAGAGUCAUAUAACGUUGGUACAUAUCAAUCCACAGAGGAGAUUCUUCAUGCAUGAAUGCAUGCAUGCACAAAAAGUGGAAGAAGCCAUCAUGAUGAUCAUGAAACCUAAAGUCGGGCAGUUCCGCUGUCACCUUUUUUUGUCGUCUGGUAAUUCAUGAAUACAGCUAUUAUUUGUUUACAAGAGAACUUCUCAGGGCAUCACAGCUUAUACAGCAUCCUCCAGGGAAAUAUUAGAAAUCCUCGUAGUAGUUUUGUGCAGGGAACACUGUGCAACUCAUUCAUGAAGUCGCAGUUCUCUUGAGAGCUCAGGUCAUGAAUGGGGCUUCUCUCAAAUAAGGCGAUGGUUUGUUAUAUCAUGUCAAUAUCUUAAGUACUAAGAUGCUUUUGGAACUGCAGCCCCAGAUGGACCUUGUCAGUUACCUGUUUCCCAUUUCCAACCUCCACCCUGAAGCUGACUGGACCCCAAAGACUCACAGAGAAGCCAGUUCUGCAUAAUAUAAGUCUGCACUAUGUGUGCUUUUGAAAGCUUAAACAUCUCCCAUUCUGCACAAAAUGCUGAGCUAAAUUAGUCUUCUUUCCAUCAGUAAUUGUCUGUGAAACUUGGCAUAAUAACAGAACUGGACUCUGUGUGAUUUUGGCUUUGCGCUUCAGCCAGGGGAUCAUGUCACAUGUCUGUUAGUUAAGCACUGAUGCAAAGAAUCUAUUUCAGAGAUGGAUCUAUAUAUAACACAUUAUAAUAUUUAUCCCUGCGCUAACUGCCUAUUUUGGUACAAAAAUAAA